AUGGAUAUCUGGUCAUUUGCAGCUGACUAUACCGGCUCGCACGCCAUACUCAUACUCUACUGGUACUAUUACUCAGACCGAUCUGUCGAUCCAGAACAGCAACAGGAGGAAGAACAGGAGCAGGAACGGGAGGAAAACGACAAUGGCCAACAGAAUCAAUCACAGCACCAGGAUCAGUCACAGGAACAUGGACAACGCUAUCGGCGUCUAAUGUCUCCCUCUUGGCGGCUGAAAAUAGUCCUUGGAGUUUGUCUCGACGUCGUACCGCUUAUUCCCUCGAUAUUUUUUGCCAUCAAUCCACGAAUCCUGUCCCCAGGUUACUACAUCUUGAUUCAAUGCUGGUCCUUCGGAACCGUAGGACUCUCAACGGUUCUCACUCUCGUUUACAGCCUGCCGCAGCUGUACUACACCUGGAAGCUGGGAAGCGUGGGAAGCCUUAGUUUUCUUACGAUGGCAAUUCGAAUUCCAACUUACUUCUUAGUGGCGGCGUCACUAGCGGUACGGUAUGGAAUAUUAGACGAAAUCACGCAACCGGUCGGCUGGUUUGCUGGAUGGAAUCCAUGCAUCAACCUAAUCAUCAAAGGAUGCCAGGAUGGCAUUAUUUUGGCUUUAUGCUUUUACGUACGUAAAACUUCCGCUACUCACGAAACCAAUCCUGUCUUGAGCGAGGAUACGCCACUAUUAUCUAACAUACCGGAUGAUGAUACGACGUGA